UAUCAAAACAGUUCAUUAUCAUUUAAGUUAAAUAAUUUGUGUGCUUCCUUUUAACCUACCGAUAACGAUUAAGUCAAUAUUGCGUGCAGUCGCAUAUCUUUUAUUUGAGUAAGUUAAGGACAUGUUGCGUUUGGAGGUUAAAAUAUAGGUUUAAAUCGGCAUAACGCAUAAGGUAUAAGCUGUUGUUCACCGCUGGAAAUAAGGAAUUAUACAGAAACAAAAUGGCAAAGCUGACGGUUGAAUACCCUAACGGAAAUACUGAGGAACUGAUGCAUGUAUAUGGCAUGACAUAUAAUACAAAACUUCGCAAUUUGUUUCCUAACGGAGAUAUCAAGGCACAGAUUGAAAAUGUUCGAGACCUGGAAAUACGUGACGACGACAUAUACCUAGCAACAUAUCCAAAAUGUGGCACGCACUGGGUCUGGGAAAUUUUAGUUAUGCUGGUAAAAGGCACCGCUGAGUACGAAACAAAAAAGAAGGUAGCAGCCUUUCUGGAUUUCAGGGCACCGGAAACAAUAAAUAAACUUCUGUCCCCAAGAGUUUUAAACUGCCAUUACCCUUUUAAACUUAUACCGAGGCAAAUGUUACAGAAAGGAACAAAAAUUGUUCAUGUGAUGAGAAAUCCAAAGGACGCCUUUGUUUCAUUUUAUCAUCACAUGCAAUCAAUGAAUAAGGGAGCGUUAGCAAAGAGUUUCGAAGAGUUCCUCCCUUUGAUGCUUGGGGACUAUGGUUUUUACAUGUUUUACCCUUGGUUUAAGUAUGUCAAAGAAUGGGAAAGGUUUUCUAAACAACAUCCAGAGCAGAUUAUUAAUCUUUACUAUGAGGAUAUUAAAGAGGAUCCUGUGAGAGAAAUAAAAAAAAUAAAUGAGUUUCUUGGAACGGGAAGAGACGAGGUCUUAAUACAAAAGAUUGCUGAAUCCUGUGACUUCAGAAACCUGAAAAAGGCUGAUGCAGAAAUUAAAGUACACGAACAUAUGUUACAUAGUUCGGAUAUGCCAGUGAUUUACAGAAAAGGUGAUGUUGGAGACUGGAAAAAUCAUUUCACAGUGGCACAGAAUGAUCAUAUGAACGAAUGGCUGGAAGAAAACUUGCUAGAUACUAAUCUUAAAUUCAGAUACUCGCUGUGAAAGUUGUAACAAAUUUAAGGGCAAAAUACUAACAUGUCUGUGUAGCCUGUAUCACUAUAAUCAGAUACCUUCAGAUUAUAAUAUGUUAAAAAAAGGUGGACUAUUUUUGAAACAAUAAAAAAUUCGCCCCUCGGACAUAGAAAAAUAAAUAAUAAAAAACACAUUAAAUAUACAAUGUUAUUGAUGUUUAUAUAAUUGCAGCAUACUCACGUUUAUUGAAAAUUUUAUUCUUUUUUAUAAAUUAUAGGAAUAAAUUUAAUACCCAUCUCUAACACUAGUAAAUGUUUUAUUUAAUUUAAAUUUGUCUCAUACUUUGACCAUGUGAUAUUAUUUCAAAUUGGCUUAUCUUGUAUGUGCACAAGAUGUAACAUAGAUUGAGUAACCAUCCUUGUUAUUAUAAAAUCAUAAUAAGAACAAAACAUGUGACAUAAAGUAAGAAUGUGUACAUCAUUAAUAUAUUCAUUACCAAUGUU